AUGGCGCUGCAAGCGGUGUACAAGCAGUUCCUGGCUGCGCCCAAUUCAUCCGCGCUGGCGCAGGACGCGUCGUUGCACUACAUCACCACGACGACCAGCUUCUACGGCCCCACCGACAUCAUCAAGCACCUCAACUCCCAGCGCAACCUGAUCAAAAAGAAGGGGGAGGAAUUCAUCACCGUCGUUGAGGGGCAGGGCGCCCUUGCCGUCCAGACAGAGCUCUCUCUCGAGUUCCAGGACCAGGGCGGUGCUUACCUGCCGGGCCUCGACGAACAGUUUCUCUACGAUCGCGUCUUCCACAUCGUCAGGUUCGACAGCAAUGGCAAGAUUGCGACAGUCCAGCAGAGCUGGGACCAGGGUGCGCUCCUCAAGCAGCUCGAGGUGAUCGGCAAGACGGGUCGCAACUGGCCCAUCCGCGACAACCAGGACCAGAUCAAGCUGAUCACCAAGACUGGUGGCAAACCUGCCGAUCCGGCCCCCUCGCAGGUCGUUCAGCGACCCCGCGAAAACUCGACGCACGCCACGCGCGAUGCCCACGCGACACUUCACUCCUUCCAGCACCCGCGCGACGAAGAACCUGCACCUAUCGUGUCUCCAUUCUCGGGCACGCGACCCCGCCAGCGGACCUUUGAAGAGAUCCUGGGCGACGAGCCCCUCCCCGACUCGCCCGAGCACCAGUCGCCCAGCAAGUCUGUUGCGCCCAAGAUCGGUGCUGGCAAGAACUUCCAGCCUUCGCGGCUGUUCGACAAGGCCGAGGAUGAUGAGCCCGAGCCCGAGAGCCCCGAGGGCGUCAAGUCCACGACUCGCUACAUGAAGCCGCAUCCCACAAAGUACGACCACUUCGACUUCGUGGACGGCUCCGAUCCUAGCGAUGCACCGCAGGCCGGGGUCGCAUUCGAGGCCAUCAAGUCGAAGCACCGAAGCCAAUGGGCCUUUGAAGACUUUGUGACGCCCCAGAAGCCCAAGCCCAGCAAGACGUUCCGCCACCAGGACGUUCGCCACUGGGGCACGGAUGACAAGGACAUUGACGAGUCGCCUGCCAAGCCCGUCGCCCUCGGUAAGGCCCGCCGUGACGCAAACACCCAGAUCGAGCUUCAGGAUGACGGCGAAGGCGAGCGGCCUAGCCAGCGCCCCGGCGCCCGUCCCCGUGGGGCCAUGCACAACAGCGGGAUGGGCCUAUACAAGAACCACAUGGUGACGGACGACGGGUCCGAGCCCAUCCAGUCGCCAGACCCGCGCGCCCUCGGCAACAUCACCAACCUAAAGCACAGGUCCAAGACGUAUGGCCCCCACUUUGAGAUGGCGGACGAGUCUCCCACCCAGGACGCACACAAGGCCCCCAGCGCGCCUGUGCCCGAGGACAGGAAGAAGGCCGUCAACAUGAUGCAGGCCAACUGGUCGGCCUACGAUGAGUCGCCCAGCUCGCAGAAGGAGAACAGCAAGCCUUCGGCCAAGGAGACGCCCAGGGAUAUGCGGGAGAACGGGCCCAACCACCGCAUCAAGCUCGCUGGCGACGGCAUGGGCAACCCCAAGGGCGGGCGUGGCUGGUCGCUGGGUGACGAGAGCGACGGAGAGAAGCAGCCAGCCCCCAUGCCAGGGAGAAAGGGCGCCGCGCAGAAGGCAGCCAACAACUUCUGGGAGUUCUAG